UGAUUUAUCAAAAAGUUGACUUUUGAAGGAUAAAUUUGACAAUUUUUUUCCAGAAGAAAUAAUUCAAAAUUUUGAAUAAGUAGGGUAAAAUUUGAAUUAAAGUGAUUAAAAUUAGUUUCCUUUGAAUAGAACUAAAUAAAAAUGGGAAGGAAGAAGAAGAAGCCUUUAAAGCCGUGGUGUUGGUAUUGCAACAGGGAAUUUGAAGAUGAAAAAAUACUCAUUCAACAUCAAAAAGCCAAACACUUCAAGUGUCAAGUUUGUCAUAAGAAGUUGUAUACUGGUCCCGGCCUUGUCAUCCAUUGCAUGCAGGUCCAUAAAGAAACCAUCGACAAAAUCCCCAACGCUCUGCCUCACCGGAACAAUAUAGAAAUCGAAAUCUAUGGCAUGGAAGGGAUCCCCGUCGCCGACGCGAAGGAGCACGAAGCCCUCAAAAAGUCUGGAGGCAUUCCGGUCGGCUCCAAAUCGUCCGGACGAAACAAUUCGUCCUCCGAGGAGGAUGAUGAACCAGAAUCAGGGCCCCCAAAACGGGUCAAACUCGACCAACAAGUCUCCCUCGUCCCUCCGCAACAACAGCAACCGGAAAUGAUGCUAAACCAUCCCCAACACCACCACCAGCAGCAAUUUGCUCCCGUUAACGCUAUGAAUAUGAACCUUGCCGCGAUGAAUAAUAACGCCGCCAUGGCCAAUAUGAUGAACAUGACGGCGGCAGGAUUUCAUCCCCACCAUCAAAUCAUGUCCCCCCAGCAGCAAAACCACAUGAUGAACAAUGUAUAUUUACAUUCCGUGCAGAACGAAAUGGCCGCCGCCGGCAUGAUGAACCGAAUGGGCCUCCAUCACGGCAUGAUGACGGCGAAUCCCUUCAUGAUGGCGGCAGCUGGCGCGGCCGGGAUGAAUAACGCUAUGGCUGCGAUGCAGAUGCAGCAAAUGAUGGGUGGCGGAGGGGGAGGAAUGUUCGUCCCGCAUCAAUUUCAUCCCGGAAUGCAGCCGCAACACGUCCCUGUCAGACCGCUCUUUCCUUCCGCGGCCGCCACAGCGGCGGCCGUUAAUAAUUCUGCGGCGAAUAAUGCGAUUGACGCCGCCGCCGCGCUUAACAAUAUGAUGGGGUCCCGACCUUCCGCGACAUUUCCGGCGUACGGAUCCUCCACUGCACCUGCUAGUAAACCAGUCGAAGUGAAAAAAGCUCCCUCCAUCAUCCCUCCCGGAUCUGGGAGCAGAAUUAUCCACCCACUCGAAGACUUGUCGCUCGAGCAAAUCCGCGCCCGGAUGUCGAAAUACCAGAAGCCCGUCGUGCCCUCACACUCCAUCUCGGCGCCACCCAUGCUCCUCAACCCAACCACAGCAGCAGCCCCUCCACAACCACAAUCUCAACCCUCCUGCUCUGCCCCGCCACCGCAAGGCAGUAAUUUUUCUGGGGGAGGAGGUAAUCAGUUUCCUCGCCCCUCUUCUUCCAACAGCGGUCCUCCAGUGAACCCGAGCUACGGGUACGGACAGAACGGAAACCACAACCCGCACCACCACCAAAAUCAACCGAGGGGAAUGAUGAUGCCAAGAUUUUAAAAGAAAACGACGACACCGAAACCAAACCAAAAUCGGGCGGACCGGCCGACGGACCACGUCAUCAUCCACAAAUUACAUUAAGAAAUAUGUAUCGUCGUCGGUGUGUUUUCCUCCUCUGUCACUCUCUGUUUCUGUCGGUGUGGGUAUUUUGAUUCGAAAAAGGUAGGCAUUGAAAUGUCACUCACUUGAUUUCCAAAAUUACAUAAAAUUUCCAUAUCGUCACAACAUUUCGAUGUUGUUGGGCUUGGUGAAAGAAGUGUAGUUAGGAAAUUAUAGGGCGAUUUUACGGCAACGCCAAGCCCCCAGUCCGACCCCCAGAGGUCGACUCGGUGAUGAUGAUGAUUUUUUUAGCUUUCUCUCUCUUUUUCAGUAAUUUAAUUACUUAUUUAUUCAGGAAUUUAAUUAACGAUUAAUUAAUUAAUUAAUUACAUAUUACGCGUGGUAGUUAAAUGUGAUCUGUAGAUUCUCUCUCACUCACUCGGCGUCCAGACCAGGUUUCAUGGUUCGUUCGCAAAAAUUAAGGUAAUUCAUUUCAUAAAUUUCUUAUAAUUUGGAACAAUUUUCUGUGCGAAAUUAUUUAUCACGUGGAUUCUGAUAUAAUUACUUUUUAAAUGGGUACAAUUUUUGCAUGAUUUCUGCACUGAUAUUUUGCAGAGUUUUUUUAAGAGAUAGUUUACAAAGAGGAAUAAAUAUUAUGUAACAUUUUUUUAAAACCUGGAUGGAGGAGGAACAGAACAGGAAGUGCAAUGUUUGCAAAAACUUACAAAAACAUAUUAGCUUUUUUUGAAAUGUAUUAUGAAA